AUGGCUGGGGGCCCGGGCCCGGGGGACCCCGCGGCCCCCGGCGCCCAACACUUCUUGUACGAGGUGCCCCCCUGGGUCAUGUGCCGCUUCUACAAAGUGAUGGACGCCCUGGAGCCCAGCGACUGGUGUCAGUUUGCCGCCCUGAUCGUGCGUGACCAGACGGAACUCCGGCUGUGCGAGCGCUCCGAGCAGCGCACUGCCAGUGUCCUGUGGCCCUGGAUCAACCGAAAUGCCCGCGUGGCCGACCUCGUGCACAUCCUCACGCACUUGCAGCUGCUCCGUGCGAGGGACAUCAUCACGGCCUGGCACCCUCCCGCCCCCCACCCCACCCCCAGCACCAAGGCCCUGAGGACCAGCCCCAUCCCUGCACCCCCUGAGGCCAAGGUCCCCAGCCCCCCGAAGUUGCGGUCAUCAGCUUCAACCGUACUCUCCCCAGCUUUUCCAGGCUUCCAGACCCAUUCUGGGCCUGCGUGCAGCCCUGUCCCAAGCCCUGCUAUCCUCCAGCCACUGCCACCGUCUCUAGAACCUUCUUCUACCAAGCAGAGCCCAGAGAACCCCGUGUCCUUCCUGCAAGGGAACCACCCCUCUCCCUUCUGCUGGCCCCUCCAUGAGAUUGCCCAGGGCACCCACAACUUCUCAGAGGAGCUGAAGAUCGGGGAGGGAGGCUUCGGAUGUGUGUACCGGGCUGUGCUGAGGAAAACGGUGUACGCUGUGAAGAGGCUGAAGGAGGAGGCAGACCUGGAGUGGACUACUGUGAAGCAGAGCUUCCUGACCGAAGUGGAGCAGCUGUCACGGUUUCGUCACCCAAACAUCGUGGACUUUGCUGGCUACUGUGCUCAGAGUGGCUACUACUGCCUUGUCUACGGCUUCCUGCCCAACGGCUCCCUGGAAGACCGCCUCCAUUUCCAGACCCAGGCCUGCUCCCCUCUCUCCUGGCCUCAGCGCCUGGACAUCCUUCUGGGCACGGCCCGGGCUAUUCAGUUUUUACAUCAGGACAGCCCCAGCCUCAUCCAUGGAGAUGUCAAGAGUUCCAAUGUCCUUCUGGAUGACAGACUGAUGCCUAAACUGGGAGACUUCGGCCUGGCCCGUCUCAGCCGUUUUGCAGCGGCCAAGCCCGGUCAGAGCAGCACCGUGGCCCGGACGCAGACUGUGCGCGGCACCCUGGCCUACCUCCCCGAGGAAUACAUCAAGACCGGGAGGCUGGCUGUGGACACCGAUACCUUCAGCUUUGGCGUGGUAGUUCUGGAAACCCUGACUGGCCAGAGGGCUGUGAGGAUGUGUGGUGCCAAGACCAAGUACCUGAAAGACCUGGUUAAAGAGGAAGCUGAGGAUGCCGGGGUGCCCCUGACAAGCACCCAGACCACACUCCAAGCAGGUCUGGCCUCAGAUGCCUGGGCUGCCCCAAUCGCCUCUCAGAUCUGCAAGAAGCACCUGGACCCCAGGCCUGGGCCCUGCCCGCCCGAACUAGGCCUGGCCCUGGGCCAGCUGGCCUGCUGCUGCCUGCACCGCCGGGCUAAGAGGAGACCCUCCAUGACCCAGGUGUACGAGAGGUUGGAGAAGCUUCAGGUCACAGUGGCAGGGCCGUCCCCAGAGGCAGAGGCUGCCGGCCGCAACCCCCAUUCCCCACAGGAAAACUCCUACGUGUCCACCGCCAGCGAUGCCAGUCCCUGGCAGCCCCUGGCAGUGCCCUCCGGAACCCCGGCCCCGGCGACAGAGCAACUCCAGAAAGGCCCCAACCAGCCCGUGGAGAGCGAUGAGAGCGUGUCUGGCGUGUCUGCCGCCCUGCGUUCCUGGCACCUGAGCGCAGGCUGCACUCCAGGCCCGGCCCUGCCAGACAGCCCUGUGCAGGGGGCUGCCACGUGGGCCCCUGCACCCCUCGGGCAGGCCAGCUGUACUCAAGCGAGUGCCACCCGAGAGUCAUGGGGGAGCAGCCCAGAGCCUCGGGCCACGGCUGUGGAAGGAUCACUCCUGGGCAGUUCUGCCUCAUCGCAGCCACCACAGAUUGUCAUCAACCCGGCCCGACAGAAGAUGGUGCAGAAGCUGGCCUUGUAUGAGGUCGGGGUCCUAGACAGCCUGCAGCUGCUGUCGUCCAGCUCCCUCCCAGGCUUGGGCCUGGACCACCGAAACAGGCGGGGCCCGGAAGAGAGUGACGACUUUCAGAGCUGA